AUUGCCACAAAAAAACAUAAGCAUGGUUACAUUUGUUAGCCGAGAAAGCUGUCUCAUUGUUUAGAGUAUCAGAGGAAGACGUUUCUGCGUGGGAGUCCCUCGACUAUUCUCUGGAUCCUGCUUCUCGUUUCUCUUUGGUCACGUCCGCCCCCCUCACACACAUGAGUGCUGUUUUCUCCUUGAGUUGGGCCAAGCGCCAUGCCUGACCGGGACAGCUCCUACCUGUCAGGUGGCGGUGGUGGUAGUCUGGGUGAGGAAGGAGGACCUGGGUCUGGUUUGGCAGGGGGCUCGACGGAGGGCAGAGGAGGCUCAGGAGGAGGAGGCAACGGCUCUGGAAGCAUGGGGGGAGGAGGAGCGCUUGGAAACGGCAACAGUUGUGGGAAUGGUGGCGGUGGGGGACAAGAUUCAGGAAUGGCAUUGGGCGGUGUCUGCAGAGACUUCAUACGCAAUGUCUGCAAGAGAGGAAAGCGCUGCCGCUUUAGACACCCAGACUUUAAUGAGGUGCCAGACUUGGGAGUGCAAAAAAAUGAAUUCAUCUUCUGUCAUGACCAUCAGAACAAGGAGUGUAUGCGCUCCAACUGCCGCUUUGUCCAUGGAUCUAAAGAGGAUGAAGACUGUUACAAGAAAUCAGGAGAGCUACCCCUCAGGCUAAGAGGGAAAGUUGCAGCACGACUGGGCCUGUCCCCCAUGGAUCUCCCCCAUAGCCGUGGGGAAGUCCCUAUCUGCAGAGACUUCCUAAAGGGAGAGUGCCAGAGGGGCAAUAAGUGUAAAUUUCGCCAUGUCAAAAAAGACUAUGAAUAUGAGCCUUCCAGGGUUGGAGGGGGUGGUGUUAUAGGGCCAGGUGCCAGUGGAAUGGUAAAUGCUGGGGGAGGCAUAGGUGGUGGAGGAGGAGUUGCCUGUGGAGGAAUGCAAGGACUUGUGGGAGGUGGAGGUGGAAGUAACAUGAUGGGGAUGGGUUGCCCCAGCCUGGGUGGUUGCAGAGAUCCCGGUGUCACAGGAGUUGGGGGGGUAGGUGCAGGUGGGAUGAGCACUUGUCUGUCCAUAAAUUCUACAGGGCAACGACGUUAUGACAGGAGCUCAGUGUAUGACCCUCUGCUUGAAAGUGGACUGUUUGACGCGAGCUCACAGGAGGUCUCUAUGGACCACACUGCUCUUCAGUUGAAGAGGCGGCGGUUGGAGGGGCUGCGCCUGGCAGAUGUGAGUGGAGGUGUGCACUAUGAGCUGGGAGUUCAUGCCACCUUGCCACCACGUCCUCUGGAGUACAGGUUCCUGGAGGAAGAGAACUCCUUGCUGAGGAAGAGAGUAGAAGAGUUGAAGAAGCAGGUUUCAAAUCUCAUUGCCACAAAUGAAGUUCUUCUGGACCAGAACGCUCAGUUCCGCCACACCAAGGUGAUGACGAUGUCUUCCACUGUGCCCACUGAGCAGAUUCUGCUGCCCCCUAUGGGUGCGAUAGGUUCCUACAAUCAUAGCAUCGCCCAGACUCACACCACCCUGAGCAGCGCUGGACUGCAGCCUCGGGCUGUCAUUCAGCAAGACCUGGUAGUUUCUACCGGCGCCCCUUCAGCGCCCCCGACUAUUAGUGUACCACCUACAGCCCCUCUGCCUCACCUCAACCCUGAAAUCACCCCCCUCUCAGCUGCCCUUGUACAGACUAUUGCCCAGGGGAUGGUGCCAUCUGUUUCUAUGGCACCAGUGGCUGUAUCCGUGGCACCAGUUGCAGUGUCUAUGACUGGCAUCACGAUGAGUCACGCCACCAGCCCAAUGGUGUCGUACCCUAUUGUGAGUCAAAGCAUGAGGAUCACCACUCUGCCUCACUAACAGAUUAAGUGCAGGACUGUAGUUCCCCUCAAGUCAGACUGUAGCAUCCUUAACUGUGAUUUUUUAACAAAGAUGGUUUUCUAUGUGUAUGAUACUCAACUGAUGACAGAACUGUGACAACAGUGAAGCAAUAGACAAUUGUACUUCUCCACCAGAGGGCAGGAGAAAAGACUCCCUCUCUGUUUUGUGGCAGCAUUACAAAGACAUUUUUUCCUACAGACUGGCUGACCUGUGAACAGUUUGUGUACCAAAGGGUUCUUCACAAACACAGGCAACAAACUGAAAAUAUGUGAGGUCAUCAUCCAUGUACUUUGAACCAUUUCUGCAACACUGCUGUGCCGUCAUUGUGGGGACAUGGAGACUUCGGAAGCAGUUUGUGUUUAGGAUUGCUUUGGUGUAAAUAAACUGGUACUUUGCACAAUUGAAAAGAAUAACAGCCAAUCAGCAAUGAA